GCGGAAGGAACGCUCGGUAAAAGGGCAGUUACUGCCAGUAACCUCGCGAGAGUCGGCGCGGGCGGGGGGGGGACUGAGCAGGCGCUAUGGCUGCGGCGGCGGCAGCGACGGUUGGGAACGGAGCCGUCACCCCAGCGACCGGCGGCUCCUUCGCCGGCUCCUAUCGGCCCUUUGAGCCCCAGGCGCUGGGGCUGAGCCCGAACUGGCGCCUGACGAGCUUCUCGGACAUGAAGGGAUGAGGCUGCAAGGUCCCCCAGGAGGCGCUGCUCACGCUCCUGGCGGGACUGACGCGGCCGGAGGAGCGGCCCCCACGGGCCCCCGGCCUAGGCCUCGGCUUCGGGGACAGCGCGGCGGACGAGGCUGCUGGCCCGGCCGCUCAGGAGCCCGGGCCGGAGCCCGGGCCCUUCCUGCCGGCCGCGCCGGGCGCCAGCCCCGGCCCCCCCACCCUGGGCAUCGGCAUGGACUCGUGCGUGAUCCCCUUGAGACACGGGGGGCUCUCGCUCGUGCAGACCACCGACUUCUUUUACCCUUUAGUGGAAGAUCCCUACAUGAUGGGGCGGAUCGCCUGUGCCAACGUGCUGAGCGAUCUUUAUGCCAUGGGCAUUACCGAGUGUGAUAAUAUGCUGAUGUUACUCAGUGUCAGCCAAAAGAUGAAUGAGGAAGAGAAAGAAAAAAUUAUGCCUCUUAUGAUCAAAGGCUUUAGGGAUGCGGCUGAGGAAGGAGGAACGUCAGUGACAGGGGGGCAGACGGUGAUAAACCCCUGGAUCAUAAUUGGAGGGGUUGCUACUGUGGUCUGCCAACCUAAUGAGUUCAUCAUGCCAGAUAGUGCGGUUCCUGGCGACGUGCUGGUGUUGACCAAACCUUUGGGCACUCAGGUGGCGGUCAAUGCCCACCAGUGGCUGGAUAAUCCAGAGAGGUGGAAUAAGAUAAAGUUGGUGGUAACCAGAGAAGAUGUAGAAUUGGCCUAUCAGGAAGCUAUGUUUAGUAUGGCCAUGCUGAAUAGAACUGCAGCUGGAUUGAUGCACACUUUUAAUGCACAUGCUGCCACGGAUGUCACUGGCUUUGGUAUCUUGGGACAUGCUCAGAACCUGGCAAGGCAACAAAGAAGUCAAGUAUCCUUUGUCAUUCAUAAUCUACCCAUCAUCGCUAAGAUGGCUGCUAUUAGUAAGGCCAGUGGGCGUUUUGGUCUUCUCCAGGGAACAUCUGCAGAAACCUCUGGUGGUUUACUGAUUUGUUUGCCCCGAGAGCAUGCAGCUCGCUUCUGUGCUGAAAUUAAGUCUCCUAAAUAUGGGGAGGGUCACCAAGCAUGGAUUAUUGGCAUUGUGGAAAAAGGAAACCAGACAGCCCGCAUCAUCGACAAACCAGGGAUUAUCGAAGUUACACCACGUGGAGCCACUGUACCUCUUCAUCCCAAUAAUUCCCAUGCUAGCCUUGAGCCUGGUUCAUGAGAUGGCAAAGCAGCAUGUAUUUGGACCUUAUAGACUUUUGGACGCAAUCAUGGAUCGUUUUUACAGGACUACUUAUUGUUUUGGAGAAGGGGAAAUUUCCAAAGAAACUUGUUGAAUGGUAAAGUUGCCCUCUUUGGGUGACUUUCUUUAAUGAGCCAGUUAAGGAAAACAGCUGCUUUUGUGCUUAUUUCAAUGUCAUAAAUUAUAUUUUAGAUGUUUUCUACUUUCUGGAUGGGUUUGGUGUUCUCUUCUAUAGGAGGGAAGCAGAAUAAUUUUAUUUCCCCUUCCAGCAGCAAGAUGAAGCUGUUAAAAGUUUGAGGCUUUUUCUUGAACUAUGUGAUUAGAGAGAUUGCUUGGUUGAUUAUAUUCAUACAUAGGAAAUUAGAUUAUUUAUUGAAGGUGAAAGACACAUUGAAAAGAACUUAGAUCAUAAGCAAAUAAGCCUGAAACAAAAACUUUCAAACUUGUAAUAGUAGGAUGGUAUUAUCUGGAAUUAUUUAUUGGAUUUUUUUUUCCCCGAAGUGUUGACUCUUCCCCACCCUGGCCAAGAAGUGAGCAGCUUGUCCAAAGGUUGGGAAGUAAUCACCUGAAGCCAUUCUGCUAACCUUGCCUAGUCUCUAUUUAUGAUGCUUCUCCCAUAAAACCCUAGUAAAGGGCUGGAAGAGGCUGAGCAAAAUCUGAGAGCCUAGGCCUUGGUGUCUCUAAAAUGUAUCAUCUUAAGUUGUCAAUUCCUGAUCACUCAACUAAUAAAAGUUAAUUUUUAGAUCUCAAUAAAUAAACAAUUAAAAAAAUAAAAUCUAGAUUAACUGUAUUCUUAGCAUUCCUCUUAUCUAUCAGUGUAGCAACACUAUCAAAAAAAGAAAAGCGGUAGUCUGGCAUGACCUGUUCCUUGAUGCCAUGCUGGUUUGCUAUGAGCACCGCAGCCUUAUCUAGAUAUUCAUGAAUGAUUUAUUUUUAAUGCGUUUUAUUAUUUUGAUAGGCAUCAAAGUUAAUCUAUAGCCUACAUAAUUACUUUUGUUUGGGGCACUUCUAUUCUGGAAAGAGUUCUAGACAUAAGAGACCUGGUUUCAAGUCCUUCCUCUCUAUAGUUAUGUGAUCAUGGGCAACUCAUGUAAUCUGUCUGAACUUGUUUCCUCUCACUAACAUAUACUUCUGUUUACCUUCUGUUAUGCGGUACAAAUGAAAUAAUGCAUGUAAAGUGCUUUACAGAUCUUAAAAGAAGUAAUUAUUUGAAAUAAUCGCUGACAGUGGUUUAACAAUCAUAUCCUCUAACUCUUUGAAGUGAAGUACCCUGGAAAGUAGUUCAUGUGGGCUUAUGGGCGUAGUCACUUGAAUUUAUUCAGUCCUGAGUUCUCAAUAUAUUCUUGCUUAUGUUUCUAUUAUCUGUUACUCACUUUUGUUCUGUACCUUCCAGUCCAAAGACUAUUCCAUUUGGAAGAGAAAUAAAGAAUCAAAUGAGA